AAGUCAUUUCAGUACAUGUAUAUCACUGAACCAAACCCCCCACAGACAUUGGACCAAUAAUCAGCAGCUACUUACCUGUACUGUAGCCAUGCAACAUCUGAAACAAACAACCACAAUGCAAAUUCUUCCUCCUCCCAAUCCUUUCCUGCAAUUCAAUAAAUGGGAUGAAGCAAGACAGACGAUGAUGAAUUCCGAGAUGUCUGACCAUUCAGGUGCCAACAGCGAAAUAGAGUUCCAGACUCGGAGUGACUACAUACUUCAUUCUCCAUCCCUUUGGACACAAAGGGCAUCAAAAGAUCAAGCUUACUACCACCCAUCUCCAAGAUCACGCCUUAACGCGAUAGUGGAUGGCCAGAGAAAGCUCAUGGAGAUGAUUCAAAACUUGCCCGAGUCAUCCCUUGAGCUGUCACUGAAAGACAUCGUUCUUGACAAUCCGCAAGGAACAGGUGAUGAGGGCCAUCAAGAGGUGGGAGUAGAGGAUACAAGUGUGAGCUACAGCAAGGCGAAUGAUAAGAAGAUCAAACGAAAGAGCACAACCUUCAAGCAUGCUAAAAUAUCACGAAGCGAAAGCAUGGAUAGUGGAGUUUUCUUACUCAAGAUGUUUGUCCCCCUCUCCCUAUACACUAAGACGAAAUCAAAAACAAAGAAUUGCUCCAAAAUUUCACCAAAUCCACCAUCUAAAGAAACGGACAAACCUGCUGCAACUAAGGACUGGUGGAAAAUGAUCUAUCUACAUAUCAAACAGAACUCGUACAGCAGAAGCAUCAAACGGAGCUUGAGCAGCAUAAGCAUCAAAGAAAGCAUUAGUAGACACACUGAAAGCAGGUUGGUUGAAAGCAGCUCCCUACUGGAUGAACCAUCUUUUGACAGUAGGCGAUAUACAUCAAAGAACCAAAGAGGUUGCCUCUUUUAAUGGCCAACUGCAUAUCAAGAAACAUGAAGGAUCACCGCAACUAGCUAUAUGAAUAGUGAAAAUAAAGGAGCCUAUUUUAGUACAGGGUACUAGCAAUUUCUAUGUUCACAAAGUUCAUAUGUAUUUAGCGCAUUAAAGUUAGCUAGGAAUCUUGGAUUUUGAAGGUGAUACAAUAUAGGCAAGACUGCCACUUAUGAUUAAACCGCGUGAUCCAUUAUUAUUAAUUACCAAUUAUUGAUCAUCUCAGAAGUAGAUGGAGAUUGUUCUGUCAUUUGUAAGCUUCUCAGAAACAAUCUGCACAGGUAGGCUCUCUGCUCAUAAAUCAGAUUUCAUCAAUCAAUGUAAUGAUCGAGUGCGAAUGGUAGAAAAAGAAAGCAUUAUGUAGAGGAGAGAAUAUCAAACUUUUUUUUUUUUGCA